AUGACUAACGGAGCAACAAUAAACUUUACAAUUGAAAAUCUCUGGAAUUCAGCGCCCAUUGUCGAUCAUCGGCCUAUUCAACUUUCUCUCUCUUCGACUGCAGAUGAAAACAAUCUUUUAAUCGAAAUUGAUGCACCAUUCUUUAAUGACACAGCUCCUCCAUCAGCACCACCUGGUCCAUAUCCACAACUAUAUAAUUAUGAAGUUGUUGAACUAUUUUUUCUAGCAUCAUCAACAGAUCACUAUAUUGAACUUGAAUUUUCGCCACAUAAUUAUCAUCUUGUCCUUUUAUUAAUUGGCCGACGUAAAGAAUUAAAACAAAUGUUACCAUUGCCUGACUAUCGUGUUGAAUAUCCAUCAUUCAAUCGAUGGAUUGGUCGAGUACAUGUACCUCGUGCUCAUUUUCCUGCUAAUGUUAAUCUAUUCAAUGCCUAUGCUAUUCAUGGUGAAGGCAAAAAUCGCACUUAUGAGGCACUCUAUCCAGCGCCACCUGACAGUGAUAAACCUGACUUUCAUCGUUUAGAACUAUUUCAACCAUUGAAAUUUGAUUUAUUACUGAAUCAUACUGAGAAAGAUGGUGAAAGCUGGAAUAAUCGGGCAUCCAACUCAGUUAUGUUUCCCUGUUUCUUACCAAUACUUCUCUUUGUAGUCUCGUUUUCAAAACAAUUCUACAUAUAA